UCUCGGCCGGAGUGGUUGAAGACCAAGGGAAAACAGGUUGCGCUGCCAACCGCAAGCAUCUCAGGACCGGAUUGCUCUUCAAAGAAGAUGGCUGUUCCUUCAAGCUCAUGCCUAGGCCUCAUCUGCUCAUUGUUGUGCCACUGGGUGAUGACAGCAUCCUCUCUGAACCUGGAAGAUCCCAAUGUGUGCAGCCACUGGGAAAGCUACUCUGUGACAGUGCAGGAGUCAUACCCACACCCCUUCGAUCAGAUUUACUACACGAGCUGCACCGACAUCCUGAACUGGUUUAAGUGCACACGGCACAGAGUCAGCUACCGGACAGCCUACCGCCACGGGGAGAAAACCAUGUAUAGGCGCAAAUCUCAGUGCUGCCCUGGAUUCUAUGAGAGCCGGGACAUGUGUGUCCCUCACUGUGCUGAUAAAUGUGUCCAUGGCCGCUGCAUUGCUCCAAACACCUGUCAGUGUGAGCCUGGCUGGGGUGGGACCAACUGCUCCAGUGCUUGUGAUGGUGAUCACUGGGGUCCCCACUGCAGCAGCCGGUGCCAGUGCAAAAACAAAGCUUUGUGCAACCCCAUCACCGGAGCGUGCCACUGCGCUGCGGGCUACCGGGGAUGGCGCUGUGAAGACCGUUGUGAACAGGGUACCUAUGGUAAUGACUGUCACCAAAGAUGCCAAUGUCAGAAUGGAGCGACCUGUGACCACAUCACUGGGGAAUGCCGUUGUUCACCGGGAUACACGGGAGCCUUUUGUGAGGAUCUUUGUCCUCCUGGCAAACAUGGUCCACAGUGUGAGCAGAGAUGUCCCUGCCAAAAUGGAGGCGUGUGCCAUCAUGUCACUGGAGAAUGCUCUUGCCCUUCUGGCUGGAUGGGCACAGUGUGUGGUCAGCCCUGCCCUGAGGGUCGCUUUGGAAAGAACUGUUCCCAAGAAUGCCAGUGCCACAACGGAGGAACGUGUGACGCUGCCACAGGCCAAUGUCACUGCAGCCCAGGAUACACGGGGGAACGGUGUCAGGACGAAUGCCCUGUGGGGACCUACGGUGUUCGCUGUGCGGAAGCCUGCAGGUGUGUCAAUGGAGGGAAAUGCUAUCACGUGAACGGUGCAUGCCUGUGCGAAGCGGGCUUUGCCGGUGAACUUUGCGAGGCGCGCCUGUGUCCCGAGGGGCUUUAUGGGAUCAAAUGUGACAAGCGGUGCCCCUGCCACCUGGACAACACUCAUAGCUGUCAUCCCAUGUCUGGAGAGUGUGGCUGCAAGCCGGGCUGGUCUGGGCUGUACUGUAAUGAAACAUGCUCUCCUGGGUUCUAUGGGGAAGCUUGCCAACAGAUCUGCAGCUGCCAAAACGGAGCCGACUGUGACAGUGUGACUGGAAGGUGCGCCUGUGCUCCAGGAUUCAAAGGAGCUGACUGCUCUACUCCCUGUCCUCUGGGAAGCUAUGGGAUAAACUGUUCUUCUCGCUGCGGCUGUAAAAACGAUGCUGCCUGUUCUCCUGUGGACGGAUCUUGUAUCUGUAGGGCAGGCUGGCACGGGGUGGACUGUUCCAUCCGCUGCCCCAGCGGCACAUGGGGCUUUGGCUGUAACCUAACAUGUCAGUGCCUCAAUGGUGGUGCUUGCCACACCCUGGAUGGGACCUGCACCUGUGCUCCUGGAUGGCGAGGAAAGAAAUGUGAACUUCCCUGCCAGGAUGGCACGUACGGGCUGAACUGUGCGGAGCGCUGUGACUGCAGCCAUGCAGACGGCUGCCACCCUACCACAGGCCACUGCCGAUGCCUCCCUGGAUGGUCAGGUGUGCACUGUGACAGCGUGUGCGCCGAGGGGCGCUGGGGCCCUAACUGCUCGCUGCCCUGCUACUGUAAAAACGGGGCUUCGUGUUCCCCCGACGACGGCAUCUGUGAAUGUGCACCUGGAUUUCGAGGCACCACUUGCCAGAGAAUCUGCUCCCCGGGUUUUUAUGGGCAUCGCUGUAGCCAGACGUGCCCACAGUGUGUGCACAGCAGCGGCCCCUGCCACCACAUCACAGGCCUGUGCGACUGCUUGCCCGGAUUCACGGGUGCCCUGUGCAAUGAAGUGUGUCCCAGUGGCAGAUUUGGGAAAAACUGUGCAGGCGUUUGCAGCUGCACCAACAAUGGCACCUGCAACCCCAUCGACAGAUCCUGUCAGUGCUACCCAGGUUGGAUUGGCAGUGACUGCUCCCAGCCCUGUCCGCCCGCCCACUGGGGUCCGAACUGCAUCCACACCUGCAACUGCCACAAUGGAGCCUUCUGCAGCGCCUACGAUGGGGAGUGUAAAUGCACUCCCGGAUGGACGGGGCUCUACUGUACUCAGAGAUGCCCUCUGGGCUUUUAUGGCAAGGACUGUGCACUGAUAUGCCAGUGCCAAAACGGAGCUGACUGCGACCACAUCUCCGGACAGUGUACCUGCCGCACAGGGUUCAUGGGAUUGCACUGUGAGCAGAAAUGCCCUGCGGGAACGUACGGCUACGGCUGUCGCCAGAUCUGUGACUGUUUGAACAACUCCACCUGUGACCAUAUCACCGGCACCUGUUACUGUAGCCCGGGAUGGAAAGGGGCGCGAUGUGACCAAGCUGGUGUCAUCAUUGUGGGCAAUCUGAACAGCUUAAGCCGGACCAGCACGGCCCUCCCUGCUGAUUCCUACCAGAUCGGCGCCAUCGCAGGCAUCGUCAUCCUUGUCCUGGUUGUGCUCUUCCUGCUGGCGCUGUUUGUUAUCUACAGACACAAGCAGAAGAGGAAGGAAUCCAGCAUGCCGGCGGUGACCUACACCCCUGCCAUGAGGGUCAUCAAUGCAGAUUAUACCAUUGCAGAAACCCUGCCCCACAGCAAUGGUGGAAAUGCCAACAGCCACUACUUCACCAAUCCCAGUUACCACACACUUACCCAGUGUGCAACUUCCCCUCAUGUCAACAACAGGGACAGGAUGACCAUUGCCAAGUCAAAAAACAACCAGCUGUUUGUGAAUCUUAAAAAUGUGAAUCCAGGGAAGAGAGGUGCCUUGCUGGACUGCACCGGGACGUUGCCUGCUGACUGGAAGCAAGGCGGCUACCUCAAUGAGCUUGGCGCUUUUGGACUUGACAGAAAUUAUAUGGGAAAGUCCUUAAAAGACCUGGGAAAGAACUCUGAAUACAAUUCCAGCAACUGCUCCCUCAGCAGCUCCGAAAACCCGUAUGCCACCAUCAAAGACCCACCUGCCCUCCUGCCCAAGAGCUCUGAGUGUGGCUACGUGGAGAUGAAGUCCCCGGCGCGGAGAGACUCCCCAUACGCAGAGAUCAAUAACUCGACCUCAGCCACCAGGAAUGUCUAUGAAGUUGAACCUACAGUGAGUGUUGUCCAGGGAGUUUUCAGCAACAAUGGCCAUGUCACCCAAGAUCCAUAUGACCUUCCAAAGAACAGUCACAUCCCUUGCCAUUACGACCUGCUGCCAGUCAGGGACAGUUCAUCCUCCCCUACGAGAGAGGAUGGUGGUAAUGGCGGAAGCAGCAGCAGCAGCAGCAGCAGCAGCAGCAGCAGCGAAUGACACCAAAUGACUACUGGGUGACCACUGGGACUCUUUCAAGCCUUCAGUCCAUCUCCAGUUGGCACUGCACAUGGCUGUGAAUUAUUUCAAUCAGUUACUGGCCCCGCACCAGAAAGCGCUGAAGCUGACACCCGUCGAGGUGUGUCGUGAACACGUGGUUUGGAAGGAGAGCAAGUCAGUCACGACCUCUCAUUGCUGUUAGGUUAGAAACUACGACAAUGACUUGUUUUAAGAUGUUGAUGAGGUGAAGACGGCAGAAACUUUCAGAGACACAGACUGAAGGGGACAUUGUAACUGUCACCUGGGAAAUUAAAAUCCAUUUGUUAUCGUUAAGGUCACAGAGGCACCCCUAGGACUGUGCAGGUUACCACACAUUUUCUUAAUAAAAGCAGAAAUUGCUAACCAUGUAGGAGACAAGGAAUAUAUUCCUGAGUCCUUCUCGCAUAACUUUUUUUUUCCAUUUGGACUCAAGAUUCUAGAGAUUGUAUGAAGACAGGAGGAAGCAUUCUGUCAGGUGGUAAGACUGAAUAAGCACCAGCAAUGGGGGCAAAUCUAAAUACGAAAACUUUAUGUUUUUUUUUUUUUAAGACUGAGAAAUGUACAAUUAGAAUUAUUUUAGAUAGUCUAAGUGUUGCAGAAAUCAAUAUAUAAAUGUGGUAUUUCUGUUUGACCUUUGGCCCAUCUUAGAGUCAUGACAUCAUUGCUGUCUCCAUUAUGCCUCUUUACCACUUGUGAUUCAUAACUUAUCAGUUAUUUGUAAGUACAUAGAUGCAAUCGUUUUAUUUUUGAUUGAGCGAGUGUCUGAUGAGUGGCAAAGUGUACAUUUUGCCUGUAGGAUGCUUGGAUUAGAGAAACCAUUAGUAAAAUGUGCUGUAAUAUAGACCUAGAGGAACGUUUUCCUUAUUUUUUUUCCCCUAAAAGUGACUGAAAUAUUUUUGUGCAUAUUUGGAAAGAGGGCCCUUUCCUUUAUUAACUGUGGAUUUAGAGAAACUAUGCUUAAGCUGGCCUUUUGCAUUGCUAAUAUGACAUGCACUCGUUUCUUUUUGGUUUGUAUUUUCAUUACAUUGUAUAUUCUACGUUUUUUAGUGUUUGGAUUGUUAAUGCAAAAGUAUGAUGUAUCCACUGUUUCCUGCACCAUUGCCAUUUGUCUUUUUGCUGAUAAAAAUGCAUUACUUUUCUCUUGGAGAGAGAAAAUGAAAAUUAUACAGUUUGAACCUUUAUAAAAAUUGGUCAUCAUCAAAAUAGUACAGCAGCCAUAGGUGCAUAUCUGGCCACUGGAAUGGAACUUUCUGAUAGUCCACAACAGAGCUCUUUUUGGAAAUGUCAGGUCCCGGAGUCUUGGGUAAAUUCGAGAAGAAGGAGCAGUAAACACUGCAGGUGAUUUUAAAGACUUUCCUUCUGGUCCUCCAUAGCUGACCAUCUGGACUGGGACACUUUUAAUAAUAAAUGACGGCAUUGCUAAUAGUCAUCCUGCAUCGGGUUUAAAUAUGGACUAGACUCAGCAGACGAGAACAAGCGCGCGCUUGGAGCACCCUAUUGCAGACACAUCCUUACCCCUGAGGCUUUUAUCUCAUGACAAGGCCAGUGUGAUACAAGGAAGCGUUUCUCUACAUGAGCCGGCAGAGGAGUGGAAAGGCUGUCAGGGAAUGGCACGUCAUAAGAGGAUGCAGCAGUCGCUGAUGUUUUGAAGAUGGGAAACCCUACAUGACUUUCUGUUGGAGUCUGUUAUUAAUUGUCUGCUACGCACCCAUCUGCUGGCAGUAGCUAUAAAGUGUUGUCCUGGUCUGCUUUAGGGGUGGAAUACCUAGUCAUUUUGCAUUUUAUACCUGUGCCUAGCAUGAUGGGUUAAUUUGGUCAGGCGAAUAAUUCUGCAGACGCACUUAAGGCAAUUGCUCUUUCACUGUCUGGAACAUAUUUUAGAAACAAUCCAUUCCCCCCCCCCCAUAGUUAAGCACCAGCUGAUCCCUAGGGAACAGGCAUCAAACAGACACAUGGGUUAGCAGCCUCCGGGAGUCCUUCCUGUUAAGGCAAGGUUGAGCAUUUGCCCCUUUUCUCCUUAAAGAUACUCUAUUUUGAGCAUGAUGGUAAGAUUGAGAAAAAAGAAUUCGUGUGCCAAGGUGAGAGGAACUUACGCGGAGACCUGCUGUGUUAUGGAGUACGGAUGACAUGCUGCCGUGAACCUGUGUUCGAGGCUGGGUUUAGCCCCAAGUUAGCUCCUCCACAGCUUUUCCAAAGUCAGAGCUCUUCACACUCCAGACACCAUAAAAUCCCAUGCUGUCUUUGGAGAGGAUGCAUAAUUUUCUAGAUAUUUUGCUGUUGUUUCUCUCUAGUAUCCUGCGGGAGGAAAAAAGCACUGAAUGAGUUUGGUGAUGCCCUUUAAGGGGCAGCCAUACGAGGAUGUGAUCCUAGCUAUUGCUCUUUCCUUAGAAACUGUUGUUUUAAAGUUUUUAUCGUUUACUGUUUUGGGCACAGCAUUACAUCUGAACUUGCCCAAAUGGUUAUUCAUGUACUUGCUUUUAUUAGAAGAGUAUAGUAUUUGUGGCUAAUUGUAUAGUAAGAGAAUUUUCACAAUUACCGUCCUAGACAUGAGCCGCUCCCCACAGAGAGCUAGUAAUUCCAUGUGUUCAGCAAGGUUUUCUGUGGGUAUUGGCCAAGUACAGAAAAACCGACCUUUAAACAUUAUGGCAGAGCAGCGUAAGGUGUCACAGCCAAAUCUAUCAGCAUAAUGACUGCUGAUUGUGAGAAAUGCAGGCACCUUCAUCGGCAUAUGGUCGUGUUGACCUCCGUGGGCCGAAGUAGUGACCAGUCUUAGGGAACUUUGCAACCAAAUAUAACUUAAAGUCAAACAAAAGCAUCAUAACACCGUCAAUAAUUCAUAUUGAUAUUAGAAGUUUAAUAAGUCAGAUGAGACAAAAAUCAUAAAAAUCAAAUCUUAGGGUUAUGGUUUUAAAAUAAGGAACUUUCCAUCUCUGGGUAACAUGUUCUUAGCAUUACAAUGAAACGUUUAAGGGCUAUUUUGAUUUUAAAGGCUUAUUGCCAUAGACAUGUACAGAGGUUUCUGUGGGGUGGUUGCUGCGAAGCAGGGGCUGACACACAGCAAGCUGCCCCCUAGAGGCCUCUUUGUCAUUUUGUCUCAGCUUUGCUUUGAUAUAACCAAAUUGCAGUAUAUCUCUUUAUAUAUUUAAAAAGGAAAAACUCCGUAUGCAGUAGGGUGAUGGCAAAUAAAAUUAACAUGUUGAAUGUUAAGCUAUCUUUUUCCCAAAGAUAAAAAACCCUGCUCAGUAUUAGUCUCGUUGUCAUUUGUACCACCAAACAGACCUAUAGAUGAAUGCAAUAAACUUUCCGAUAA